CGUUUAGGGCUUCGCUCGUCUCCAACAACCUCGCCGUCCUACCAGUCGCCAUAACUGAUUGAGGAAUAAAUACGACCCGUCAUACGUCUCGCCUCUACGCAACAAUAAAGCAUUGUAGUCAUUUCGCGCAUUCCAACCUUUCUCGUCCUGACCUCUUAGAGUUACCAAUCCCUUUUCUUCCCAGCGCAUUUGCUGCCUAGUUUCUUAAGCAGUGAAUUUACGAAAACAACUUCAAUCGUCAUGGAGGAAGAACUCACGCAGCCCAUGACGCAACAAGUCCUCGACCCGCGUCGCCUUGGCAGGAAUGACUCCGGUCUGGACGAGGCAGACAUCACUGAUGUCAUCUGUAUCCUUCAUCCAACAUCGCCCGCUGCAUUUCGAAUCGUCGCUCACACCGCAAGGCACGCUCCCCAACAUGUGCUCCAGAGAAGCAGAGGACCAUCACCCGAGGGAAACCCUGAAGAGACGGAAACAUUCAUCCUAAACGAGUCUGGAGAAGCACAAGAACUUGCUUUGAGAUACUCAUCUGUGGUCAAAAGGCCUCAUUACCAAUUCUGCUUCGGGCGUAAUGCUGCGAUGUCAGACAUCACCAUGCAGGUUGGCGAAGACUCUUCCAGGCGUGUCAGCAACGUACAUUUUCGAAUAUUUGUCAAUGAUGCUGGUAUCAUCAUGUUAGAAGACAUGUCCACGAACGGGACCAUGGUCGACGAAAAAUUGUUGAAGGCCAAGACGCGCGAACGCAACGCGGAGAAGACAAGAAUGCUCCAGCAGAGUACAAUUAUACAUAUCUUGUCGCCCAACCCCCAAGAAGUUAUCAAAUUCAUCGUCCGCAUCCCGUCAAGAGAAGGCUUUGAAGUUGAGCAUGAUACUAGGCUCACUGAAUACUUGGAGAGGAUGGAGGAAAUCGACAGAAGGUUUCGAGAGGAGGUGCGACGACAAAACACCCAGCCGGAGAUGGCCCUUCCUGUCAUUCCGGGUCAGCAUCCUGCGCCCAACAGCCGUCGGGCUGCCUUCAGAGCUCACUACACCCACGGCAUGCAUUGGAACGGCAAACCUGACUACAACGUCGUUGACCAACUUGGUAAAGGAGCAUUCGCCACCGUCUACAAGCUCGCUACCGCAAUGGACGGAAGGCUACUCGCAGCAAAAGAGCUCGAGAAGAAGCGUUUUAUCAAGAACGGCAAGAUGGACCAAAAACUCGACAAUGAAAUGAAGAUUAUGAAAGAUCUAUCGCACCCGCACAUCGUUCAAUAUAUCGACUAUCGAGAUCAGGGUAACUAUCUCUACAUCAUCAUGGAGUAUGUUCCUUUCGGAGAUCUGUCGAAAUUACUCGACCACGGCAACCUCGACGAAUACUCAGCGAGGCGGAUGGCCUGCCAAAUCCUAAGCUCUUUGGCCUACCUGCACAGCAAGCAGAUCACUCACAGGGAUAUCAAGCCUGACAACAUACUCAUCGCGUCGGAACAACCCUUGAACGUCAAGCUGUCCGACUUUGGCCUGUCGAAAGUCGUCAGCAAUAACGAAACCUUCCUCAAAACGUUCUGCGGAACACUUCUGUAUUGUGCUCCUGAAGUCUUCCCACACUAUGAUAAUUACGAAAGAGGAACCAAGCGUCGCCGGCAUGAGAGUGGAAAGAAGUACCAUUCUUACAGUCAAUCGGUGGAUAUCUGGUCAUUUGGUGCUGUUCUGUGGUAUUCUUUAUGUGGAAAACCGCCUUUCGAAGGGGUUAUGGACAACACUGGAAAGGGAAUGUUCCACAAAAUCAUGGACACACUUUUGGACCCCACCCCGCUUACCCUGGCCGGCGUGUCCGACGCAGGCAUCGAUCUCUUAAUGGCGAUGCUCAAUCGCGAUCCAGCAUCGAGGCCAACCGAGCAUGAUUGUCUCAGACAUCCUUGGUUAUCAAGCCUCGCCGAGGAAUUGAUACCGGGAUUGGUACCACAGAAAAGCCUGCACGCCAUUCCUGAAGAAGCAGAGGAGGAUGAACAGGCCGAGACUGAGGACAAGCUCUCUCAGCUGAGCCUCAAUGACAUAAAAGCCGGUUAUGGCCCUCCUGAGGAGAGUGACGACGAGGAAGACGAAGACGAAGACGAAGAAGCGGACGUCGAGCCGGAUGAUUCAUGGGAAGUUCCUACUGCCCACCAAUCUAAACGCAUCAAACGUGACGACCGCUUUCCACGAAAUCAGUUUCGAGAACCGCCAGAAUCAGACUCCAGCCCCGACCCGUCUCAGCAACUUCCGACCCGGUUUCGGAACGUGAAUGACACCUUUCGCGUUCCACGAUCUGCUCCAGGCAGGCACCUCUUCGGCGAGGUAGGGCAAUCUGCACUUGAAAAUCCGGGCGUCCUCGGUGAACGAAUAAACCGGGCCAUCUUGGUGCUCGACGAAUCGAUGUCAUCAAGUGGCCCCGAGACGCCCAAGAAAGUCAAUCAAGCCAACAGAUCGGCUAAGAGAAUUUCCAGUGAUAGCCAAUGCACACCAAAGCUCGACCACCGAGGUAAUAUGGCAGCCGAAAGCCUAUGUGGUGCCGAAUCAAUGGUCCGCGACUUGACCAUGCAUUCGCCAUCGUCUCCCAAUUCGCCCGAGGAAAUUUCGAACGAACCCAGAACUCCAGAGUUUCUUGGAUCCCAACACUGUCCCCUUCCAGAUACAUCAGCGGGUCAAGAGCCUGUGGUGGAACAGGAUGAAUUUGCCGAGGACACGCAUGAUCACCCGGAAGAAGCUACGCCCAAAGCUCCUGAGACCCGUUUUAAUCGCCAGAUCACCUUGCCUUUCACAACAUUCUCCUUUUGGGGUUCAUAUAGACCUAAUGAUAUCGAAACCGAAGCCUAUGAUCCAACUACUGAAGCUACAUCUGAAGCUAAUGGCUUCGCGACCAGAGUCUCUAUGCCCGAUACGACUCACGGAGGAUAUGAAGAUGACGACAAUGAAGACAGUAAGGGCGGCGAAGAUAUCCCUAUCAAAGACGAAGAAGAUGGCGAAGAGAAGAAACUUAUCAAAUAUGAGAAAAAUAGUGAAGAGAACGCUGCCAGCUUCACAACCGCCAACGAGACCAAGGAUUGUGUAUCUGGGGCUCUGGUGACCGCACCUUCUAACGUUCCAAUAUGCCCACCUCCGCGUCCGCGUCUCGGCAAACUUACAAGCGUCGAAGGCUCCAUUUUGCCACUUGUCCUGCAUCUCGAGGAGCGCACAACUUCGUGGGGCCGAAACCUUGAAAACACAAUUGUGUACAAACACCCUGCGGAUACCCGCGUUCCGAAAAUGGCCUUUACGUUGUGGUACCACUCCAAAGUGCCUGAUUCGGAGAAAGGCUGGACGAAGUUGAAAGAUUGGACGAAGUUAGACGAUCUAAAAGUCUUCAUCAAUACUGGUGCGAGCAAUGGAAUCUGGGUAAACGACACAAAGUUGGCCAAAAACUCAUCGAAUGGCAAAGUCUUGUUUGGCACACUGUAUACUGGCGACAUUAUCACUGUCUUCAGAGGUAAAGAAUUUCUCAAGUUCGUCUGCGAGUUCUUUCAUGGGAACCCGGCGAAGACAAGACCACCAGACGAACCGUUCUGGUUCGCUGAGGAAAUCAAGUAAAACCGAUUGAUUAUUUGAUUCGAGGGUUGAAAAGCAAGUUUUGACUUUAGCUUUGGAGUUCAGGUCCGUGU